AUGCCGACACCGGUCAGCACGGCGAGGCAAUGUUUAACCGAAGAAACGGCACGUGCUUUAGACGACGCAGUAGCCGUGGCUCGUAGGAGGAGCCACGCUCAAACGACGUCGCUUCACGCUGUUUCCGGUCUCCUUACGAUGCCUUCUUCAAUCCUCCGUGAAGUUUGCAUUUCACGCGCCGCCCAUAGCACACCGUACUCUUCCCGUCUCCAGUUUCGCGCGCUUGAGCUCUGCGUCGGCGUUUCUCUCGACAGACUCCCUUCGUCGAAAUCUCCGGCGACGACGGAGGCUGAUGAGGUGAUGGAGCCGCCGGUGUCGAACUCGCUCAUGGCGGCGAUCAAACGAUCUCAGGCGACUCAGAGAAGGCAUCCGGAGACUUAUCACCUUCAUCAAAUCCACGGUGGGAAUCAAACGACGUCGGUUUUGAAAGUUGAGCUUAAAUACUUCAUAUUGUCGAUCCUCGAUGACCCGAUUGUGAGCCGGGUUUUCGGUGAAGCCGGGUUUCGAAGCACCGAUAUUAAGCUCGACGUGCUUCAUCCUCCGGUGACGCAAUUCUCUUCGCGGUUUCCUCGAUCUCGUUGUCCUCCUCUCUUCCUCUGUAAUCUCCCGGAUUCUGAUUCGGGUCAUCGGGCUAGAUUCGGGUUUGGUGGGAGUGGCGAUUUCGACGAGAAUUGUCGGAGAAUUGGCGAAGUUUUAGGUCGGAAAGAUAAGAAGAAUCCUCUGCUUGUCGGAAUCUGCGGUGGUGAAGCUCUUAAAACCUUCACUGAUUCGAUUAACAGAGGGAAAUUAGGGUUUUUGCCUCUGGAGAUUAGUGGGUUAAGUGUAGUUAGUAUAGAGAAAGAGAUUAGUGAGAUUUUGGCUGAUGGAUCGAGAAACGACAUGAAAGUGGACGAGUUAGUAAGAAUCGUGGAGCAAAAGUGCUCGAAAUCGAAACCAGGACUGAUUCUCAAUCUGGGAGAGCUCAAGGUCUUGUUAACCAGUGAAGGUUUCUUCGUGUCGAAACUCUCCGAUCUGUUGAAGCUUCACCGUGAGAAACUCUGGUUCAUCGGAAGUGUCUCGAGCAACGACACGUAUUUGAAGCUGAUCGAGAGGUUUCCGACGAUAGACAAAGACUGGAAUCUUCACCUUCUUCCCAUUACAUCUUCGAGUCAAGUGGUUUAUCCAAAAUCCAGUUUGAUGGGAUCAUUUGUUCCAUUUGGAGGGUUUUUCUCAUCAACAUCAGAUUUCAGAGUACCGUUUAGUAACUCAAUGGAUCACUCUCUGCCUCGGUGUCAUCUUUGCAACGAGAAGUAUGAGCAAGAAGUUGCGGCUUUUGCCAAGAUCGGGUCAAGUCUCUCACUCACUGAUGAUCAGUGUUCAGAGAAGUUACCGUCCUGGUUACGAAAUGUCGAGCCUGAACAAGACAAGGGAAUUCUCACGAAGGCUAAAGAUAAUUCAAAUGCAUUAGACUCUCGCAUUCCCGCUCUGCAGAAGAAGUGGGAUGACAUUUGUCAAAGAAUCCAUCAAACGCCUGCAUUUCCCAAACUCAGUUUUCAGCCUGUUAGACCGCAGUUCCCGCUUCAGCUUGUUUCUUCUAGCCAGAUGAAGAUGAGAAUCGGAAGCCCAACCGAGCAGAGUGUUUGUAUUAGGACGUCUGAAAGCUUUCUGGAGAUGGAUAAAGCGCAUAAUCUGCCAAAACAAUCUGGUUUAUCAGUUAAAAUCUCGAAGCCAAAACAUACAGAGGAUCGAACAAGUCGCACAACAAACUCGCCUUUGAGCUGUGUUACUACAGAUUUAGGGCUGGGAACAAUCUAUGCAUCCAAAAACCAGGAAUCAAGCACACCGGUGUCCCUUGACCGGAGAGACUUUGGGGUGAUCAAUGAGAAACCAUCGUUGGCGACUUCACGGUAUUUCAUAUAUUUCAAGUCUCUCAGAGCUUUACUCUCUCGGAAAGUCGGCUUCCAGAACGAAGCUGUGAACGCCAUUAGCGAAAUCAUUUGCGGGUACAGAGAUGAUGAGUCCAGGAGAAGAAGCCACAUAGCUUCAAAUGCAACAAUCACAAGUAGUGUUUGGCUCGCUCUUCUUGGACCGGAUAAAGUCGGGAAGAAGAAAGUAGCGUCGGCUCUUGCUGAAAUCUUCUUCAGGGGCCAAGACAAUUGUAUCUGUGUGGAUUUUCAGGCACAGGACAGUCUUGAUGAUAGAUUCAGAGGAAAAACAGUUGUUGAUUACAUUGCUGGCGAAGUGGCUAAGCGGGCGGAUUCUGUCGUUUUCAUUGAAAACGUGGAAAAAGCCGAGUUCCUUGAUCAGAUCAGAUUGUCUGAUGCUGUUAGAACUGGAAAACUCCGUGAUUCGCACGGGAGAGAGAUCAGUAUGAAAAAUGUAAUAGUUGUUGCCACUGCUUCUGGGAUCGACAAGGACAGUGAUUGUCAAGUUCUUGAAGAACCUGUCAAAUAUUCCGAGGAAAAAGUUCUCAGCGCCAAAAACUGGAAACUUCAGAUAAAAAUAGGCAAUGGCAAUGAUGCUUCAAAUGUUAACAAGAAUGGUGUAAAUAAGAGAAGACAGGAGGAGUCAGAAACAGAGGUUGAGGAGCUUCGAGCCAUUAAGUCUCAACGUUCGUUUCUCGAUCUGAAUCUUCCAGUGGAUGAGACAGAAGCAAACACAGAUGAAGCGAAUGCAAUGUCCGAGAACACGGAAGCUUGGCUUGAAGAUUUUGUCGAACAAGUAGACGGGAAAGUGACAUUCAAGCUGAUUGACUUUGACGGGUUAGCAAAGAACAUAAAAAGGAAUAUCCUUUCACAUUUUCAUCGGUCCUUUGGACCUGAAACACAUCUAGAGAUCACAAACGAUGCGAUCCUUCGGAUUCUAGCUGCCUUAAGAUGGUCAUCAGAUGAAGAGAGAGGAGUUGAUCAGUGGCUGCAAACUGUUCUUGCUUCAAGCUUCGCUGAAGCAACGCAAAAGUAUGCUUCCGUUUCUCCUUUCGCUGUGAAACUUGUCGCCUCCAGAGAUUCUCCGGCUGAAGAGGAAACUGCUGUAACACAGUUUCCAGCGAGGGUCGAAGUUAUUUGA